AUGAUAGCGCCUUGUAUACUGACGCAGUUCAAAGCUAUGGCUAACGCGUCCAAGUUCUUGAUGGCGGCGGGAGCAGCGGGAGCAGCAGUACAACGGUCGGGAGCCGUUCCGGCGCUUCUCUCGCGCGUUUUCCACGCUGCUGUCGCUAGCAGAUCGCUCGCACCCAUCGCGAUCGCCUGUGCGAAUAUCGCCACUUCCGCUUCUGUCUCCGCGCCUAUCUCUGACCCUAGGUGUGCUCCGGUCGCGUCUACUAACUCAGCUUCCUCGCAUGGUGAUCCUGCUGGCGCUGCAAACGCGGGAAUCAGCAAAUCUGGCAGCUGGCGCAAUUUGAGCACAGCCGCCGUAGCAGUUCAAUACGAGGACAACGACGACGACGAUGUCGAUGGCGAAUACGGCAGCGAAAAGCAGCCGCAGGGUUACCCGUCGCCGUUCCGCAGAGCGCAGCUGUGGCAGCAGCAACAACUGCAGUGGCAGCAAAAAAAACACGCGCUUCAAAUACAGGCGGAAGUCGCGCCGAACGCUCAUGACGAUGCUACUGCACUCGACUCUUCGUCGUCCUCUCCCUCACUGCCCUCAUUCCAAUCCUCCUCAUCAUCCUCCACUCUCUCCUCGCCCUCUCGUGGCUGUAACUCAACCGACCCCUUCCGAACGAUGUCCUAUCCGUCGCACUCGUCGCAUGGAAGUCGUAGGACGCAGUCCGGCGACGGAUCGAGCGACAACGGAGUGGAGCACCGCGCGCUGCUAGUCGACGCUGCGGGAACCCUUGUAGAACCUAGCGAGCCAGUCACUAAGGUUUACGCGGAUCUGGGACGCAAAUACGGCGUAAAAUAUUCCGAGGAUGAGAUACUGCAACGGUACCGCCACGCAUAUAUCCAGCCGUGGCGCAAGUCGAUUCUGAGAUACGAGGACGACGCGCGGCCGUUUUGGCAGUACGUGGUUUCGGAGUCCACAGGGUGCAACCACCCGGAUUACCUGGAGGAAUUGUACCAGUAUUACACGACCAAGGAGGCGUGGCGUCUCACGGACCCCCAUGCCAAGGAGGCGUUCACCGCCAUUCGCGACGCGGGGGUGAAGAUAGCCGUUGUGUCUAACUUUGACACGCGCCUGCGCACCGUGCUCAAGGAGCUGGACUGCCACGACUGGUUCGACGCCAUUGCUGUGUCUGCUGAGAUUCAAGCAGAGAAGCCCAACCCAGUGAUAUUCCACUCAGCCUGUGACUUGGUGGGUGUAGAUCCACACCAUGCGGUGCAUGUGGGAGAUGACAGGAGGAACGACCUCUGGGGAGCGAGGGAUGCAGGUUGCUCGGCAUGGCUAUGGCAGGACGAUGUGCAUUCCUUCCACGAUGUGGCCCGCAAGCUCGGAGUGCUUUUCCCUGGAGAGGAGGAGAGCCCCGAAGCAAAUAAGAGGAUGCACAGGCCGCCUCGAUGGGCUGAAAGGCCCAUGAUUGCAGCUAAUGGCCUCCAUUCUAUGCGCCAGUAA